UUUGUUUACUUCCGGGUUGUCAGAGUCGAAAACAAAAGGGGCAGCAAUACGCCCACGACGCUGAGCAAAGCGGAUUAAAGUCCCGCUGAGAUGGCAGGGGAGGCUGAGGACGAGAUCCCAGAAUCAGGAGCAGUUUUCACUUUUGGAAAGAGUAAAUUUGCUGACAACAUUCCCAGUAAAUUCUGGCUUAAAAAUGACAUCCCCUUAAAAAUAGCCUGUGGGGACGAGCAUACUGCCUUAAUAACAGAAAAUGGGAAACUUUUUAUGUUUGGCAGCAACAACUGGGGUCAGCUCGGCCUGGGGUCCAAAGUGACUGUGAACAAGCCUACUUGUGUCAAAGCUCUUAAAUCUGAGAAAGUUCAUCUUGUGGCCUGUGGAAGAAACCACACUCUGAUCUGCACAGCUGAGGGGAAAGUGUUCGCCUCAGGUGGGAACAGCGAGGGUCAGCUGGGGCUCGGCGACUGCGAAGAGAGGACGGCCUUCCAGAGGAUCCACGGCCUUGAUGGGCACGGACCAAUCAAAAUGCUCGCUGCCGGCUCAAACACCUCCGCCGCUCUCACAGGAAGCGGUAAACUGUUCAUGUGGGGCGACAACACGGAGGGUCAGAUCGGUUUGGGGAAGGAGAGCCACGCCUCGUCGCCACAGGAAGUCAGCGUGGGACGACCAAUCAGCUGGGUGUCCUGUGGAUACUACCACUCUGCCUUGGUGACAGUUGACGGCGCUCUCUUCACGUUUGGUGAGUGCGACAGCGGCAAACUGGGCCUGGGCACCGACCAGCUGCCCCGACACCGAGUCCCUCAGCUGGUGAAGAGCAUCAAGGAGCCGGUGAUCCAGGUGGCCUGUGGCGGCGGACACACGGUGGCUCUGACAGAGGACGACGUGUUCACGUUUGGUCUCGGUCAGUUCGGGCAGCUCGGUCACGGCACCUUCAUCUUCGAGUCGCGGCUGCCGCGGCCCGUCGACCACUUCAAGAAGGGUCGAGUCUGUCAGGUGACCUGUGGGGAAAACCACACUGCAGUCGUCACAGACGGCGGUUUGCUGUACACGUUCGGAGACGGCCGACACGGCAAACUGGGCCUGGGAGAAGAGAACUUCACCAACCAGUUCAAACCGACUCUGUGUCCGCGUUUCCUCAAGUAUAACGUUCAGGCGGCGGCGUGCGGCGGCUGUCACAUGGUGGUGCUGGCUCGGCCGAGGGAUCGGAGCUGCGGUCAUGUGACCCUGGAGGAAGACGACGUGACGGAGGAUUUCCUGGAGAAGCCGUACGUGGAGCUGCUGGGCGACUCGGCCGACUCGUCCACCCUGCAGAGGAGCCUCUCUGCUCGGGUGCGCAGGAGGGAGAGGGACAGAUCACCGGACCAGUUCGGCUCCACGUUCCGCACGUUGCCCUCCACGAUGUCCGGCUACCUCCACCCGCCGCUGCCCGUCUCCAGCCAGACCAUCCCGCCCAGGCUGCCUCCACCUGAGCUGAGCCACAGAAAGGUGCUGAACGGCACUCACCAACACAGGAGCGCAGGGUCAAACCACCAGGAGCAGACAGGCGGCGAGACAGACAGCGUCGUGGAGAGCCUGACAGACGCCGACAGCGUUAAAGACCUGGGAGAAACCACGGACUUCCUCAACAUGACACACGUGAUGAAGAUGGACCCCAGUGACAACACGCUCACUCUGGCUCCAGUUCAGAAGAGGAAGGUUCUGCAUGGUAAGACCAGUAAAGAGCAAAAAGAGAUCCAAAAAAAGGACAGAAAGCUUUUGAAACAGUCAAGUUUCUCUUCGACUUCCCCAUCUGGUAAGAGCGAAACCGUCUCGCCUCGCCGGCCGUUACCCACCGAGCGCCUGAAGGGCCACAGCGCUCGCGCUCUGCCCUCUCAGAGCCUGCAGAGACAGAAAACGGCCAAUCAGAACAAAGAGAAUGUGCUCAUGGCCGUGGAGGAGCUGCAGGGCAAAGCGGGCAAAAACAAACCUCAGGGCGUGGAGGACAUUAGGAAGGCAGCGUCCAAGCAGCGGCUCAGGCCAGCGGGAGGGAAAAGCCAGCUGAUGGAAGUUGGCAGGAAGCUCCCAGAGAGUCUGGAAACCAGAAAGACAGUUUCAGGUGUCGGCUCUGAAUCUGCAGUCGGCAGAGUGAAACAAGUGCAGCCUAAACCCGUCAGUGUUAACAGCAAGCCAAUAGUCGUGCAAAGUCAGCGUGCAGGAGUCAGCUCGCCAGGUGUGCACCGCCACGCAGGCUCACCUGGCAUUCACCUGUCUGGUGCGAAUCAAGAGAGCUUCAGCAGCCCUCAGCUGCUCUCUGAGGUGAAACAAACCUCCAGAUCUACAGAAAACUCACAUUUUUCCAAAAAAUCUAAGAAUGAGAAAAACAAAAAAGAGUCCAAAGUUUUAAAUGAAACACAGGAUGAGGCGUCAGAUCUCGACGUGCUCGCUGGAGCUGCUUCCCUCGCAGCGGGUUCCAUGUUAAUGCACGAGGUGGUGUCCAGAAGCCGCUUUAGCUCAGCGGCGCCAUCCCCGACCAAGAGUAACCACGGUGUCCUGAGGGACAGCGCGACCAAAUCACGGAGCGAGGAGUCUGAAUCCUACGCUGCUGAUCUUAGCAACAAAUCCGCAGUGAGCAUCAACAUCAUACCUGCACCUGAGAGUCAGGAUGAGAAGGAAACGAGUCAGGACGAGAAGGAAACGAGUGAGGACGAGAAGGGAAUGAGUCAGGAUGAGAAGGAAACGAGUCAGGAUGAGAAGGAAAUGAGUCAGGCUGACAGUGAGGAGGAGAGUGAGAAGCAGACUGCCUCUGUUUCAGUCAAACAAGAGGAGGAGGAGGAUGAGGAAGGGCAGAGAACAAGUGCAGAAGUAAGUGAGGAAGAAGAAGAGGAGGAUGUUAGUCACAGUAUCGAGAAAGUUACAGAAGAAGAAGAAGAAGAAGACACAGACAGCAACACUCUUCAACCAGAAGGUGAGUCAGAAACUGAUGCAGAUGAAGAGGAAAGCAGGGAAGAGGAGGAAGAUGAGAGCAAUGUAGAGGAAGAGGAGGAGGAAGAGGAAUCAAGCGGGAUGGCAGGAAGUGAGAUAGAGGGAGAGACUGAAGAGAAAGAGAGCAAGGGAAGUGAUGUAGAAGAGGAAGAGGAGGAAGAGGAGGCGGAAAGUGAGGAAGGAUCAAAUCAUGAGACAGAAAGCAAAGGAGGAGAGUCUGAAAUUGAGGAAGAAGGUGAGGAAGAAGAGGGGGAUUUGGAAAGCGAGGAUGAGGAAGAGGAGGAGGGGAGAGAAGAGAGUGAUGUAGAAAGUCAGAUGGAGGGAGAGGAGGAGGAGGAGGAGGAGAAAGAACGGAGUAAUGAAGAGGAGGAGGAGAGUAGUGAGGCAGAAGAGAGUGAGAAUGAAGAGGAAAGUGAAGAAGAGGUUGAAGAGGAGGAGGAGGAGGAGGAGGAGGAGAGUGAAGACGAGCAGGAGGAGGAGGAAGAGGAAGAAGCAGAAGGAGAAAGUGCUGAGGAAGAGGCAGCAGAAGAGGAGGAUCAAAACAGUGAGGAAGAAGAGGAGGAGGAGGAGGAGGAGGGGGAGGAGGAGGAAGAGGAAGAGGCUGAUGACCAAGAAGAAGAGGAAGAGGAAGAGGAGGAGGUCAUUGAAAAGAAAAAGUCUGCUGAUGUCAAAAGAAAACGUGAUAAAGCUCGAGGUGACCUGAGGUCAGGGGUCAAAGGUCAGGCAGCAGGCGAAUCAGAGGAGUUCUGGGACGACGUGUUACCUCAGUACCUCAACCUGAAGUAAGGCUCACCUGUCGUGACCAGCCAGCCUGACCAGCCUCUUCCUCCCCCUCCGGAGCCUCCAGGAGCUCGAGGUGAACAUUUUCAGUUUCCUCAGAAGUAGAAAAUGUUCACACACACAAGCAGCUUCCUGUCUGUGCUGAGUCACUGAAGUUCAUCAGGUGCACAAACCCCACAAUACCAGGAUGUCAGUGGGUCCAGAUGACCCUGAAGUCAAGAACCUCAUCCCAGAGCUCAUCACUCGGUGCCUUCCUGCUCCGCUCAUUUCUGUUUCAUCCUGGACGCAUUUCGAAGCCGCUUGCUGAGCUUCUUCUCUCGCGCUUUUGCUUUUCCAUCCAACCAACGGCUGCGUCUUCUCAUGGCAGCUUCAGAGCAGGUGUGAGCAGGUGUGAGCAGGUGUGUGUGUGGGUGUGUGCAGGUGUGAGCAGGUGUGAUCAGGUGUGUGCAGGUGUGAGCAGGUGUGUGUGGGUGUGUGCAGGUGUGAGCAGCUUCGUGCAGGUGUGAGCAGCUUCAGGAGACUCAAGUUUUGCUUUUGGUGGCAGCUUUUCUUCUUCCGUCUGUGUGUGUUUAUGACAAAUCAUGAUGUUUGAUUUCACUUCUGUUGUUGUGUGUUGUUUUUACAGGCUGAUAACUUUAUCAAUAAACUGUGCUUCCCAUGAGUACACAGAAUAAAUCUGACAUUUUGAAAAUAAAGCUUUUCGAACUUUAA